AGGAUUGUUGACAGGUAUGCCCAUUUCCGCAUUUGUUAUCUACAGUAAACAGAUGAUGGUGGGUCUGUGUUUGUUAUAAAUACCGUGUGCACGUGUGUCUCCAUAAGAGAAUUCUAGAGUUUUCCUUCUGUUCACACAUUCAACAUGCUGGUGCAAAAGCUAAGCUGGAUCAUUUUGUUGCUGUUUCUGUAUCAACAUGGUGCAGAAGCAAAAAGAACACUGACCUGUGAAGGAGGAUCUGCAUAUCUCAGAUGUGAUUUGGGAUUCAUAAAGGUCCUUAAAGCCAAUUAUGGGAGAACUGAUCACACAACAUGCGCUAGUGGAAUACCAGCUAAUCAGAUCUCAAAUACACACUGCUUCCAAGAAACAUCCCUCUAUACAAUGUCCACCCGGUGUGAUGGAAGUAAGAGCUGUUCUGUUCCUGCAGUGAACUCAGUUUUCUCUGAUCCUUGCUAUGGAACUUAUAAAUACCUGGAUGUGUCUUAUCUCUGUACCCCUGCAAAAAGAAGUGUAACCUGUGAAAAUACCCAAAGUGCCAUUUUCUGUGAUACUGGUGUUAUUUCUGUUCAUCAUGCCAAUUAUGGACGGCGGGAUCUCGUAACCUGCCCCCAUAAAUUAGCAACCACACCACACUGUUACUCUCCUCAGACUGGCAGCCUGCGUUCCAGGUGCAAUGGGAGGAAGUCUUGUCAUCUAAAUGCUUCGAAUUCUGUCUACUCUGAUCCAUGUAGGCGUGUCUAUAAGUAUUUGGAAGUGACGUACAGCUGUAUAUAAUACUGUGAUUAUCCUGCCACAUGAAUGUAUUUUAUAUGUUUUGUGUGUGUUUUAAAUAAAUAUGGUCUCUAUUAUAGAUGUUAGAUGCCGCUAAUAUUGUUUUUGGUCUAUUCAUUCAUUCCUCAGUGAGACAAAACAAAACAGUAAUUUGAAAUAUGGGGUUCAUCUUAAAAUAAUAAUAAAAAAAAUGAUAAUGAACAUGUAAUUUCAUAAAUUUAUUGAUCAUGUGUCAACAAAUGAGAAUAAUGGGAGGUAAAUGUUUCAAAAAGUAAAAAAAAAAAAAAAAAAAAAAAAGUCUGUCCCCUCCCCCUUUUGUGUAUGCAUAGUAUAAUUUCUUUAAUUUUUCUUUUAAUUUUGAUGUGACUUUUAUGGGAUUCUCUCAUAAAUCUGUUAGAUCCUUUUCUCUAUGUAAAUUUAUGUUAACUAUAAUGUUGUUAACGAGAAAAAACAUUAGAGAAAGAAAUAAAACAGCACCAUAUAUUCUGAUUGCCAAACUGCAAUAAUGGAGAACAAUCAAGAUUGUGAAGAAAAAUGAUCUGCUGAGAAGCAGCUCAAAUUCUUGUAGAAGAAUCUAAAGCAUAAGUUGUCUAUGUUUGUAUGUUUUGUAAAAUUUCACUCUAAAUUAUACACUUCAAUCAUGUAAUAUGCAUACUGUCAUGUUUCCUGUCUUGUGUUGGAUUUUAUGUUGUAAUUCUUGCUUCUUGAGAAUCUGUGCCAGUUUGUAGUCCUUUUGUAGUUUCUUUUCUGAUUGGAUCCUCUUGACUGUCUCCCCAGGUGCAUGUGCCCUGUUAACUGUCUGUAUAAAUAACCCUUGCAUGAUUAUUUGCCAGUUGUUACAUGUACAUGUUCCUGUUCCUUGUGUUUCCUGUUCCUUAAUUAAAAUCAGCCUGUCUCCACACACACA